UUUUAAUAUUUAAAAUUUUAUUAUUUUUUUAAAAAUUAAAAUUUAAUUCUAAUUAAUGAAAGUUUAUAAAUAAUUGCAUAAUUUAAUUUUAAAUGCCCAAGGAAUCUUCCGAUGGAUCAAGGACUGUUCUUGUUACAGUUGGCACUUCAAGCUUCGAUUCUUUGAUAAGGAGAGUGGAUGAAGAAGAUUUUCAACAAGAACUAAAGAGUUUAGGAUAUACAAACGUGAUUUACCAAAUUGGCAUAGGGAAAUAUUACCCUAAAACCUCCAUACUACCAAUAGUAGUAAAGCAAUACUUAGAUAACUUCACUGAAUAUGUCAAAAACGCAGAUCUAGUAAUCUCACAUUUGGGCUCUGGUAAUCUUCUAGAGGUCUUUAGCCACCAGAAAUACGCAGUUUUUGUCCCAAACCCUGAUGUUGCAGGUAAUCAUCAGAUAGAACUUUUACAUGUUCUAGACCAUAAAUUCAUAUCUGAUCUUGAUUCUUUAAAGGAAAAAGUUAAAAAUCCAGGCAAAGGCACUGGUAACUUUUUCCCAAAACUACUUCCCAAAACUGAAUUUAACUCCUUUCUAACCUCAAUUUUAACUUCAAAAAUAUGAAUGUAAACGUUUAAAGUUUGAAUAUAUAAUAAAUUCUUUAAUAAA